UGUGUGAGCGCCGCGACGCCCAGAGUAGCCCCGACGUCGAGCACCGUCGACAUUGCGAAUGGUGAAGCAAGGGGUUAUAUAGACGCUGAAAUGCGCACAUUCUGCACACGGGGUAGUGAGAACGCACGGCGAAGAUGUCAAUCUAUUCGAUCUCGCGGAAUUGAUUUUCAAUAUCGAUGUGAGUGUGUUGCGUCAGUGAACUGGUGGCGCGAUAAAAACAUCCCAACGGGGAAAGCUGACACUCACGGAUUCCUGUGAAUUUCGCGAGCCGCCAGGAAAACUGAACGAAUCCAUGGACACUGAGCGUUCGUUCAAGCAUUAUCGGCCCUAAGGAGAGUCCGUUUUCGGAUGGCAAUCUCGUGAAACCGGGACGCUGAAAUACAUGCGGCUCGAAAAUGGUUUCAAGGCGAUACCAACGGGAGCUACAGCCGUAAAAUAUGGAAGAAAUCGUGAACCGAAUGAAUGAAAACCCUUCUACCUCAGAUGUAUGUUAUUCGAUUUCAAUGGAGUGUGACAUAUAAUUCACAUAUUCUCAGGAUGAACGUGACGACAACAUACACAAACGCGACGAGCACUUUCGCUGAAAUUAUGGGCCUCGAGGCGGAGGUGAGAACGAAUAAAGCGGAGAACGGGUUAGACAACGACCUUGAUAUUUCGCCGGUGACAUUAUCCUCGGCAUGGUCCAGAGUGGCGAGAUUACUUUUGUUGUCUUCAAUGGCCGUCGGGGGCAGCGUCGGGAACGUCUUCAUGAUCUCUGCGGUGGUGGUCGAGGAUCAGCUGAAGAAACGAGGGAACGCGUUUCUGGUGAACGUCGCAUUGGCGGACUUAUUGGUAACAGGCCUCGUGAUACCGGUGUCGGUGAUCGUGAUACUGGCAGGACAUGAAGAGUCAUUGAACACAUGCCGAUUCGAAUGGACUCUCGAGGCUCUUUGCGUGCUGGUCACGGUGUUGACACUGGCAACGAUCGCUGCCGAAAAUUACACUCGUCUCUGUCUACCACCAGAAAGAUACGCCAUACUAACCCCGAGCCGGGUAACAACGACGAUCAUUAGCGUCUGGCUGAUAUCCGUAAUGGCAGUGGUGCUGCAAUCAUCGCUAGACGUCGGGCCAGACUUCUGUCGUCGUCAGUUCGGCCGGAUAGCUCUGGAGCAAAUAAUCGGAGCUAGCCUGUUGGUAGGUGUGCCAACGUUGACGACCACCUUCCUCUACAUCAAGUUGGUGAUCCGUGUUCGUCGCGCUACCAGGGGUUCGUAUAAACCACCGGUUGCCUUCUCGUGGGACUACGAGCUGACCAAGGCGAACAUGUAUAGCUGCGCGGUGUUCCUCAUGUUCUGGCUGCCGUUUGGCAUUGCAGUCUGCUUGAACUCGUUCUGGCCGAUCAGCGCUCGCGUCCUCUACAACCUAGCCUGGUUUGCCUUGUCCAAGUCCUGCUUCAACAAUCUCCUCUACUGCGUGGCCGACAGACACUUCCGCAGCGCGUACGUGAAGCUCUUCAACUACUGCUGCUGCAAGACCACGGUCAGCUUCUCGAGAAGGACACGCGGCGAUCCAUCCAGAAACACUAGCGAGCAACACCGUCUCAGGGUCCACAUCAUCCACUCGUACACCAGCCCCGCCUCUUGCCGGUCCACCAGGGAACUAGGCAGACUCAACGGACGCGAUGUCUACGAGCUUUAAACUUAGCACCGGUCUCUCCAGGAUAACCGCGCGAGCGUCUUCACCGACGCGAACGAUCGCCGUCCAAUCGAAACUUCUUCUUCUUUGCUGCCUCUUCUGAAACGCUUCUGGGACUGACUCUGCAGAUCCCUCCCACGACAUCGUUACGUUCAUCCCGACGGAAAGAGCUCGCUGAAAUUUUACCCUGGCUUCUUAACACUAAAACCACCGAGCAAUUAGAGUGAUUUACUUGAAAUUUUUUUUGGUGAAAGUUAGGAUAAUAUGUUCUUUGAGAUUUGAAGGGACUCUUGGUCGCGUGUCUGUAUAAAUACAUAAAUUUAAUUGAAAAUCUUUUCAAGGCCUUCAGAAUUUAAAUACUCGUGAAAUAUAAAUUUUAAAGUGGAUCAAUUUGACUUGUUCGGUGGUUUUAGUGUUAACCAGGCGUCGAGAGAUUCUAGUGUUCGUCAGAUGGUUUACGAUAUUCGGUAUAUUUGUGCCGGUGUCCCUUUUUGGAAGACAGUUGAUUUACGAGGUACUAAAGAGUGAAGUAUCACGUCCGCGAGAUUUUUAACCGGGGGAUAUUCUUGGCACUAUUUAUGGAAAUUUUGUCGGCUUGGAGAACGUGAGGAAAUUUUUGUUAAUAAUGCAAGGGAAAUGGUGUAAACGCGUGAAGAAUUCUGAUUAAUAUGCAAACGUGAUCGUGAACAAUUUGAGUAAUUGUGGUAAAUGCCGUGGAAAUGUGUUACGUUGAUAGGUAUUGAAAGAUUAGCGAAAGUUAUGUAUAAAUGACUAUGAAAUAUUGAAGAAAAACACGUAUAUCAUGGAAUUUAUGCAUAUAAAGAGAUUUGAAAGUUAUUAUCACAUUGUAAGAACAGUAUAAUCUUAGUUAUUAGUAUUUCGUAUCUUACUAUUCAUUUACGUUAUAUGGGUGCUAACGUAUUUAACUUGACGAAUACUAGGAUCUUCGGGAGCUCAUUAACCAGUUAACUGUGUUUGACGAGUAUACACGUCAUCGUAAAGCUUGACAUGAUACUAAUUCUUUCAGCGAUGAAUUCUUUACUUUUUUCGCAUAAACAUGUAAUUCUUCUUUUUCUCGCUUUGGUCUUUUAUUAAAAUAUACUCUACGUGCAUUCGUCCUGCGUUCGACGAGUACACGCUCCAUUUUUUUUUCCAACUAAAUUUCACAGUUAACUGGUUAAAAAAUCAGAGUGACAUUCGAGACAUUUUCCUCGGGAGCAAUAUUUACUAAGAUACAUCAGAACGUUAGUAGUGAAUAUCUUUGUAAACAAUACGCAUUCACACAAACGCUCGGAUAUGUGUCUGUUUUAUUUUUGCUCUAUAUUCACCGCCAAACGUGUGAAUUAAAUCCGUGACCCUACUGCUGUCACUUCUUAUAAAAAUAUCGUAUCAUACAUUCUUCAUUAUCGAGACAAGUAUGUACAGUAAGUAUCACUUAAAGUCGUGCACUUUAAUAUUCACGAGAUCUUUCUUUAUAAAUUGCUUUUAUUAUGUCGUUAAAGUUAAAAUAAUUUUUGCGUACAUACACAAAACUCAAUAUUUCAUAAUAUCGAAUGAAAAGUUUUACUCUUAAAAAGUAAAUUAAACGUAUGUAUACGGGAACAACGCGUCAGAAUCGUCAAUUAUUAAAAAUCGCGCAAACUAGUAGAACUGAAAUAUUAUAUAAUUUAUUCGAUUUUAUAGUAUUGGGAACAAUUUUCUUUUAGUUUAAAUAUUGCGUUGUGUGUAGAUGAUUAGUAAAUAGCUGUAUGUUUCGGAAAACAUCAACGUAACUUAAAUAAAAUAAGCGAAAUUAGAUCAAAAAUUAUGAUUGAAUAUUAAUGAAAAUAAUGUUUUUAAAAUAGAGAAAAUAACGAUUACAGUCUGAUGGUACAUUUUGGUGAAUAAAGCCAGAAAUUUAUAUCAAUGUAAUCAAACACGUACAGAAUAAAUUGUGAGAACGAAAUUGAAAAAGUUAAAAAAGUAUGUUACAAACAGAACAUGUUUAAAGAAUUUCGUGAAAAUUGAAGUAAAAUGAAUCUUUUAUUCCGCUGUUGAAGAUAAAUCUCUUUUGUUAGAUUCCUUUGAUUAUCUUAAUUAUCCACAAUUAGAUACGUGCAAUUUUUAUUUCUAAAUAUAUUUAAUUUACUUUUUACGAAUAAAAUUGUUAUAUGGCGAAUGCAAACAAUUUUAAACUUAUUUACUACAUAGGUAAGAAUAGUCAUUUAUCCAUGGAUACAUCAAUGUAGUUGUAUUUAAUAUAUGUAUAGUAAUUGCAACUUAUGAGAUAUAAUUACAUCAAUGUAUUUGGAUAAAUGAUUUAACUUACCCAUAUAAUAAAUAAAUUUCUAAAUAAAAUUCUUAUACAUAUUAAGGUGUACGAUUUUAAGUGGCAUUCACUGUAUGUCCCAAUUGCUGAUUAAAAUCGAGCGAGAUUACGCUCAAAGCCGUGUCUGACGCGAAAGGAAAUGCUUAGGAGAUUGGGAUCAACACCGAAACAGAUAAUCGCCGUCCAUUCGAAACUUUACCUUACUCACGUUACGACGUUCAACACUUGUGUACUGUUCAGGCGAUUAAUAAAUACAGUAAUCCUCGUGUAGUCGACUAUUCAACAAUACCAACAUCCGAUCGAUUUUACAUUAUUACAUUAUUAUAUAAUUUUUAUAUUAUUUGGAAUCUGCUCAAAUUCUUCAUUAAGAAAAUAAAAUUUUAUGAAAUAUCAAAUUCUGGAAAAAUAAAAAAAUAUGUAUUUCUGUAUUUGUAUGUACAUAUAUUCAACAUCACAAGAACGAAUAGUACAUUUUUAUGAAGAGAAAACUAUAAUUAUACAUUGAUACUUACAAUUGGCUCAAAUUGAUCUGAACAGUACAUAAGAAUCGAGAGAAUCCUUCCAUCUUUUCUUAUCAUGUAUAUUCUUCCAAUUGUAUUCUUCCAUAGGUCGACUGUUUUAUACAUUAUACAAUGUUACACACAAUUCCUUCAAAUUGAUUCAGAAAGAAAUGACGAUAAACUCUAUGCAGUUCUUUAAUUUCAUAGAUGAAAUUACAAAAUGAUAUUUCUAUUUUCUUAUACAGUGUUUUCUAUUUUAUUAAUACUCUAUUUAUUCUCUGGUGCAGCAAGUUGGUUCACAGAACUUAUUUCUAAAAAAAAAGAUAAUAUAUUUACAUUAUUUCUGAAAGUGUGCUCCGUGAAGAACAGUUAAAGUUGGAGUUUUGAAGACUGAAAGAAUAGCAAGAAAAUCAGAUUCACAAUUAAAGUACGUGUACAUCGCAUAACACAGUGAAUAUUUGAAAAAUAAUAUCUUAUUAUAACAAGUGUGUACAAUGGUUAGAUCUAUAGGUGUGACCAAAAUUAUGACACGAAUCAUCUAUUCGUUGGACCUAAAUUCACAUUAAGUGAGGUGCGAUUUUGUGAAAGGGUUUCUACUAUUUUGAUUAGCUCAGUACGAAAGAAGCAUAACAAUAAAAUAACUGGAUUCAUUUAGGAAUGUCAAGGAGAAUACAAAAAAUUGGUGACUGUAAGUUGACAUGCAUAUCGUAUAAAUAUUUUUGUUAAUUUGAAUCUCUUAAUUAGAAAGUAAUUAAAAUAGUUUACCAACAGAUUAAUUUUGACUUUAGAAUGCGGAAGAAAAUUCUUUGAUACAUUGAAAGAUUAAAAAUAAUAACGAUGAACAAUUAUGAAACGAGAGCAACAUAAAUGAAAAGAAAAUUACGGAGAAGGUAAUUAUAAAAAAAAUAAUAUACUAGAGUGUAUAUUACCAAAGAAAAUAUAAAAGUAAUGUAAAAUCAAAGGAACAAUGAGGAUUAAACAGUAAAGACUGUCAGAGGAAAAACGUUUGUGGGAAAGAAUGAAAAUUAAAUUAAAUUAUACUAAAUAUAUUAAAUGAGUGUAGACAUUUUUUUACGAAUCUAAUUGUAAACAUUGACACAUAAGAACCAAAACUCCUGUUUAGUGAAAAAGAUACGACUGAAAUUCAACAUGUUAGAUUUGAAAAUGAAACAAAUUAUAAUACUAUUCAUUUGUAUAGGAGAUAGCAUGUCCCUUGAUUCAAGUCAUUAUUUAUACAUUCAUUGGAUAGAAUCUCGUAAGAGAUUAUAGGUAUAUUUCCUUGGUGUCACGUUUUCAAUGCGUCAGCUCCACCGCUCCUGUGCAAUAUUUAACACUAAACGUACCGUGACCGGUCAAAUGGCCGGUGUUCAAAUUUCCUUGAAGAUCCUACGUUUCUGUUCGUUCAUUUACUUCGACUUUCACUUUCAUUAAUGCGUGUUUUUUAAUGUUUAUGUUCCCCUUCGUUUCUGUCUUCGCUAAAAAACAUUGUCCUUCUAAUUUGUUUACCUUUACUUUGUAACCAGUUAUUUGAUUAGUUACGGUAGUAAUAAAUAUAAGUGGCGUUCAAAAGUUCCCGACCAGAUCGCUUUUGAAGUUUUCCUUACACAAAGACUUUAGGAACUUCUUCUUAUUAUGAUAUAUAAAGGACAUAUUGCAUGAGAGGAUACUAUAAAAAAAUUAACACCAUCUGUUCUUCAUACAUAUUUUUUUUGGAAAUAAAUAAGGAUUCUUUUCUGUUAUAAUAGUAAUUUAAUGUAUAGUACUUAACAUAUUACACUUAGUAUUUUAUGGCCAUGCCUUUGGAUUAAUGACAGCGACACACCGAUGUGGCAACAUUGACUUAAUUAUCCAAAAACGUUCUGAACUUUUGAACGCUACUAUAUAUGAAGUAUCGGUACGUUUAGUGUUAAGGCUAACAUCGGAAGGAGGAGAACAUUGCUAAGAACCGCAGCAAAUGGUCACUCUUAACGCGAGUACAAAAAUCUCGGGCUAUGAUCAGACAUCGUGAUUCUGAAGGAAUGGGUGUGCAGAGGGUGGCUAAUAAGAUGAUGAUAAUGCUUGAGAAAUGGGACCAGGAAGUUUGUUGUAACCGUAUUUCUCGGUUACAUGUAUAUUAGAGCUUUUCUUGUUCCACGACUCUCAAUCCGAUCCGCCAGUCGUUCGAUUUCGCCGAUCAUGAUAAUUAUUUAAUAUAUUAUACAAAGAAUACAUUGCGUAAUCGGUCCGAAAUCGAGGGAAACGAGAUUGGAGACUUGCCGCGUAUCUACGAGAUACGAAUGGCUCGCUUGCCGAAUCGAUUGACUCCAUAAAACAAAAAGUUGAGAAAACCGAUGCAAUAGCUGUACAAUAAAGAUCAAAAUUUCCCUUUAAAUAGGAAAUUAAAUCAUUGUACAUCGUAUUUUACUUCGUUAUCAUGGGUGCAGCAUUAAUCUAAAGAAUAUGUAAAAUCUAUAAAAUGGUAUAACUCCGAUCUGAUUUUUAUUAUUACUGCAAAUUUUCCGUAGGCUAAUAGAAUUUUUGUUAUAUCGUGGUACCACGCCCAGGAAUAAGGAAAUUUAUUUUUAAUAUGAACAGUUGAGAGCUUAUGUGGCGUUUUAACGAAAAAUUCUUAAAAGAUCCGAGAAGUCGAGUCAAUCGAUUCGGCAAGUGAGUCAUUCGUGUUUCAGUCUAUUUACUUCCAAUUGUAGAUCAAAUUUUAGUGUACAGUUUUCCCUUGUAACGUCCCCGUAAGCUAUUUCGUCCUCGCCUCUCGUUUAAGGUAACCGGAUGCGACUGAAAAUCAGGAUACACGUGAAAACUAAAAAAAAAGAAGAAAAGAAAAGAAAAGAAAAGAAAAGAAAGAAAAGAAAAGAAAAAUACUUAUAGUUCGUCUAUAUUCUGCGCAAAAGUAAGAAAUCUCUAUGUUCUUCGUUAGAUUGUAAUAGAAUCAUUUUAUUAUAAUAGAAUUCAUUACGAAUGUUUCAACAUUCAGUCGUGACAAUGGCGUAAAAUGAUAAGUGCGGUUAAAACUGAUGAAUAUUUGAAAAUAGUGAAAAUACACCCGUCCUUCCAUUUACGCGGUACUGUUUGUACGCUACAUCAAUUUGCGCGAUUUGAAUUUAACGGCACCGAAUAAAAUUUAUUUUUCUUUUCUAAAAUAUCAUUAUUAUCAUUAUUAAUCAUUCAUUCAAAAUGGCAAUACAAGAAUAUUCUUGUGACGUUUUAUUUUAUCGCUUUCAUGACCAUGGUCUUUUUUUCUCCUUUCUUACACAUACACACACACACACGUGCUAGAGUCAUGAAUGAAACUUAUUCGAACUAUAGCUACUGGCAUAAAUACGAUGGGGACAAAAAUAAGACGCUAAGUAGAUCGUUGAUGCUUGAAGUUAUGAGGGGAAUACUGUAGUUGCGAAUCUUCGUGAGUCAAAGGAAUAUAUUUUAACCGUUUGCACUCGAUUGAUUUUCAAUGUUGUCAGGUGUAUACCUGCAUUUAAUUUUAGGGAAAUGAAUGGAAGUAAUUUGUAACGGUAGAAUUCAACAUUUUAUAUUUAUUUUAUCUAUUAUUAUUAUCAUAAGAUUGAUUUUUUAUAAUGUUUUAAAGUGUGCUACUUUUUCAAACAAUUUCCAACGUGUUGUACGUGUUUUAGAGUAAAUUAGUGUUGUCAGUUCUAGCGUGAUAUACGAGUUCUACAACAAAUUUAUAUUGUCAUCCUCAGCAUGACAUACGAGUGCAAAAGGUGAAAUGAUACUAAUUCCUUCAACGAUGAAUUAUUUAUUUUUUCAGAUA